CUUUCCGCUAUCCAUCACUUGAAAAGAUGUCGAACACCAUUGUGUCAACGGUAUAUCGCCAAGUCAUCGACGACGUUAUAAACCAAGUGCGCGGUGAUUUUGAUGAAAUGGGCAUUGACGAUAACAUUUUGAAUGACCUUCAAAGGUCAUGGGAAACAAAAGUUGCGCGCUCACGCGUCGCAAACUUUAUUGUUGGUGAGGAAGGGUACUAUGACACUGAGGCAUCACAGCAUGCUGGACUCAUCUCAGACACUGGUUUACAAUAUCCUCCUGUCACUAUACACGAAUCACUUUCUACUUCCGCAGCUGCUGCGAGCCUCGCCACAAUGGCAUCCGGCAGUGCAACCGCAAGACGAGAUAUGAUUGACAAUGAUGUGCAAAACAGAAAUUCAGGAUUUGUGAACUCUAAUCCUUUAGGUGGUCUUAUGCAUCCGCACAACAUGUCCAAUGGAGAAUUUGCAGUUCCAAAUAUAAAUAUGUCAACGCCACCACAUUCAGUGAAUCAAAACCAGCAAUUAACAAAUAACAAUGGCAGAUCCAACAACAUCCCUCAACAUGAUGGUGCAAAUGAUGAGCUUUUUACUCAGGAAAUUGACGCUCGUUUGGAAAAAUCCAUACUAGACAAGCACGCAGAAGAGAUUGACAAUUCUACCUCACCCAUCGAUGUGACAGCCUUCAACCGAGGCGGUACAUUAAUUCCAGUUGACACACUGCCGGAGGAGUAUCAGCAAUUAAUAUACGAAGCAAAGAAGCGCGCUGUUGCAGCUGGCGCAUUGGACCCAUCUUACCUGAUUCCACAAUUGGAUGGAGAUGAUGAUGAGCCUGACGAAGACGAAAUCAACUCGGACUUAGAUGAUAGCGACGAGGAUGAUGAUGAAGCUGAAGGUGCGGAAGAUUUGGAACAUAUUAUAUUAUGUCUGUACGACAAGGUCACACGUACCAAGAACAAAUGGAAGUGUGUUCUUAAAGAUGGAAUAAUGCUAGUCAAUGGCAGGGACUACUUAUUUCAUCGAGCAAAUGGCGAUUUUGAAUGGUGAUUCCAUAAAUGUCUACUAGCACUACAUGCAUAUUAGCUUCUUUCCUGUCAUAGCCCUAAAAUUGUAUAAUACACUUCAAUUCGAUCUAUUCAAUAUCUCUACAUCAUUGCAAUCCUUCAAAGAAAGAAAGAAAUCCACAUUAUUUGAAUAAAUAAGAAACAUUGAGCAGGUAUGCUUGGCUAAAUAAAUUACAUUAAGCAUGAAAGAUUUGAGACGGCAGACUAUCAUUUUUUCAAAUCUUCAUAUUGAAAGGAUCUAGGCUGUCAAAAAAAUUAUCUCCACGAGCAGCUGGUGGUUUCGAUGUGCGGGAUUGUC